AUGAGGCCCCCGGGCAAUAGGGGAUCAUGGGGCCCCUAUGUCCUCACCCACACUCAAACCACACCCAAAAAAGCAUAUGAAAUGUACCAGGGACAUCUCAUGGGGCCCCCUACUGACCCUGGGCCCUCGGGCACCGCCCGAGUUCCCCAAUGGUUAGUCCGUCCCUGGGGCGGACUGACAACUCAUGGGGCCCCCGGGCAAUAGGGAAUCAUGGGGCCCCUGUGUCCUUGCCCAAACUCAAAAAAGCCUAUGAAAAAGGUACCAGGGGCAUCUCAUAGGGUCCCCUACUGACCCCGGGCCCUCGGGCAGUGCCCGAGUUUUCAAAUGGUCAGUCCUCCCCUG